GUGCGAGUUUUUAAAGAAAGUGUGCAGUAUUCAUUCGCUGGCCACCAUCUAUUUUGAAAAGGAAAUGAAAAUGGCGGGCUAAGCAUACUGUCUCACCAGUAUUCAAAUCUCAUAAGCACAUACUCUCUCUUCCCUCUUUCCCCCUCUCUCUCUCUCACACACACACGCACAAAGCAAAAUAAGCAGAGAACCUUAGAGAUUAGAAUGAAGAGCGGCGUAGGGGAAACUAUGAGGACGAAAAUGGAGGAACUUAGAUUGAUUUGUGACAGAGAAAUUCCCAUUCAACAGCAGAAAUUGGAUGCUUCCGCUCGCUCCUUUCGAAAUUCCCUCGAUUCAACCAAGGCCCAAGCACAAGAGUCUCUUCAAUUACAGGCAAAACUUGGGAAGUUGAAAGUUGAGUUGAGGGAAUUGGAAGACAAAUUGGUGAAAGCACUUGCAGUGAAGACCCGAAAAGAGGCAAAGCAGAUAGCAUUAGCAGACUCAAUUUCUGCUACGAAAGCUAGAGUAGAAAAACUUAGAGGGGCUGUGGAAAACCAAAGGGCCAGGAAAGAGGAAUAUGCAGCCAUAAUAUCUCAACAAAGUGAUGCUCUCAAAGCACGUGAAGAAAAGCAUAAUAAGACUGCUGAACAGAGAGAGGAAAUAGAAAAGGCUGUUGUGUGGUACAAUAAGGUGCUUGGUUUACGUAUUGAAUGUGGCCAUGGGGUUAAAUUCAUAUUUACCAAUAUUGAUGCCAAUAAUCAGGAUAAGGAAUACUUUUUUACCAUACGUCAUGAGAAUGAUGUAUAUACUUUGGUUGAUUGUGAUCCACAACUAAAUGAUACAAAUGAGCUGCUCAGAGAGUUAAAUAAGAGCAAUGGACUGUUCAAGUUUGUCAGGAUUAUGAGGGAAAAGUUUCAAGCAGCUGUAGCACAUGGAACUCUUCCUGACAUAGCAUCUCGUGAUCAAGACACUUCCAUCAUCUCUAUGUCAGCCCCGGUUUCUUCCAUUUCAACUGAUAGUAGAAGUGAGUUUUCAUCCCAGCUACAGGAGCAUCAGUUUGAUGAACACAACAAAAAUUCCAGGAAACUUGAUCGUGCAAAAGGGGGUAGGCCAGUAGUCCUCUCUCCUGGAUCUGCAUCGUCUCUUAGGCGUUCUCCUCGUUUUAAGGUAGCAUUUAUGAAUUAUGAAAACUUGGACAACAAGCUCUAACCGAUUUCUAUGUUUCUUUCUUUUCCUUUAUAUAUGCUUUGUCCUCUCUUAGAAAUGUUACUGUUGAUUUCCGAUAGUUGUUUCCAUGUUUAUUCUCUCUUUAUUCUUAUAAUCUUUGAGAUUCACUCUGGACAGAAAUUUUACUUAACCAAUUUAACUCAAAUUAUAUCCGAGUUGUCACCAGAAGAGAAAAGAGAAAAAUAAAAGGGAAAGAAAAGAAACACUCAAAUUGAAUGAUCACGCCCUCUUAGACACUUGAGCAUCAUCUUCUUCCCACUUUCUCGUCAUCCAACAAGGGUCAGUCCAGUUUCAAUAUUUACUAUGCUUAAACGAAAUUUAUGAAUUUGUUCCUAUUUCUUUUGCUACGGGGAAUAAGAGAGAAAGAAUAAAUGCACUUGUGCUU